GAAUUACCAGAAAUAGACCAAGAUAACGAAAACACAACCGAGUCUGUACGAGAACAGGAAGAAAAGUGGUCGGACUUGGCCUUGCAGAAUCUGAACGAGACUCAUCCAUCUGGUCAAAACCAGUCCAAUUAAUGUCAUGGUGAUACGUGAAGUACAUGCCGAAUUGUUAUUGAUAAACAUUCUAAAAACUUGUUAGAAAUGUCUGAAAGUCGUUACCCUAAAAAGGGAAAGAUUCUUAUGUUAGGAGAAGGCGACUUCUCGUUCACCACGUCGCUACUCAGAUUCGUUGACGAUCCAUCCUGCGUUGUUGCCACAUGUAUAGAGACGAAGGAUACGAUUACAAAGAAACAUAGAAAUGCUGCUAGCAAUAUCACUGAUCUACGAAGUAAAGGUGUAACUGUUCUGUAUGCCAUAGAUGCAACACGAUUGGUGAAAUAUCACACACUCAAAGAUCAACAGUUUUCCUAUAUUAUAUUCAACUUUCCGCAUGUUGGCGGUAAAGCCAGUAUUGGGCAGAACAGGAAGUUGUUGAAGCACUUAUUCUGUAG